CACCAACUUACCUUAUCACCUGCUGCUUCCAACGCGUACACCCACCGACGGAGCGAGGACCGGAGCUGGCGCAUCUUCUUACUUUCACGCGCAAUAGAUUGACAUUGUCGUUUAUCGAAGCGCGACACCAUGAGGGAGGCUUUGCGGCAAAGGCCUGGCUUCUAGACACAGCACCCAAGCCAUCGCAUAGCGAGCUCUCACAAUGGGCCAGGGCUUCUCCCUAGCGACGCCGGCUGCCGGAUCGACGGGCAUCGACAUUGCACAACUCAGCGACGUGCAAUAUGAGCGUAGCGUCGGGAACGCCCGCUUCAUGAAGGGCAUCCGCGGCCGCACCGAGAACGGGGUCGUGCUGGUCAAGGUGCUGGUCAAGCCAUACGCCGAGGUGAAGCUGGACGAGCACAAGAGGAAGCUCAUCGAACAGCGGAUCGCCCUCGCCGACGUGCCCAACGCGCUCGCCUUCCAGCGCAUCAUCGAAACCGAGACCAACGGCUACCUCGUCCGCCAGUACCUCUACACCUCGCUCUACGACCGCCUCAGCACCCGCCCGUUCCUCGAGGACAUUGAGAAGAAAUGGCUGGCCUUUCAGCUCCUGUGCGCCCUGCGCGACGCGCACGCCCGCGACAUCUACCACGGCGACAUCAAGGCCCAGAACGUGCUCGUCACGUCCUGGAACUGGCUCUACCUGACCGACUUCUCGUCCGCCUUCAAGCCCGUCAUGCUGCCCGACGACAACCCCGGCGACUUCUCCUACUUCUUCGACUCGUCGGGGCGGCGCACCUGCUACAUUGCGCCGGAGCGCUUCUACGCCUCGGGGGAGACACCGCCGCAGAAGCCCAAGAUGACGUGGGCCAUGGACAUUUUCAGCGCGGGCUGCGUCAUCGCCCAAAUGUUCCUCGAGUCCGAGAUCUUUAGUCUUGCGCAGCUGUACAAGUACAGGAGGGGCGAGUACGACCCGGUCAUUACACAUCUCGGUGUCAUUGCAGACAAGGACGUGCGGGAGAUGAUUGCGCACAUGAUCCAGCUCGACCCGGAGAAGCGGUAUUCGGCAGACCAGUACCUUGACUUCUGGAAGGACAAGGUGUUUCCCUCCUACUUUUACAGCUUCCUCCAUCAGUACAUGGAACUCAUCACGGACCCCUCGUCAGGGAACAGCGCCAUGUCCAGCAUCGAGAAGAAUCUUGGAGAGUCGGAUGACCGUAUAGACCGGGUAUACUACGACUUUGACAAGAUCUCGUACUUUCUGGGGUAUCCACAGAGGGAAGGCCAGCAUGAAGCCUUGCAGCUGCAGUCUCGGCUGAGCCUGGAUCACUUCCCCGUGCGCCUUGGCAUACCAAACCAUGAGCACAGCUUGUCCUCGGAUCUUGAACCUCCAGAGGACGAUGGCACGCUCAUAUUCCUCACUAUUGUGGUCUCGUCCCUGCGAACCACCGCCCGGGCCUCCUCACGAGUACGGGCGUGUGACGUACUCCUGGCGUUUGCGGAGCGUCUGACGGACGAGGCCAAGCUCGACCGCGUGCUGCCGUAUCUCAUGACGUUGUUGUCCAAAGACAACGAAAAGGACAUUGUCAUGAUCAGUGCGAUACGUGCAAUCACACAGCUUCUGCAGCUCGUACGGAUUGUUACGCCAAUCAACUCCCACGUGGUGGUGGAAUACGUCCUCCCUCGGAUGGAGAUCGCGCUGGGCUCAAAGUCUCGCAAGGCAAGUCCUCUCGUCAGGGCGACGUAUGCAGCGUGCCUGGGCAGUCUGGCUUCGACUGCGCAACGUUUCCUAGAAAUGGCCUCGAGUCUACGGGCGGAUGGGUCCAUGCCCAUCGCGGAUCCCGAGGUCGAGCCCGGAGCAGACGCCGAGGCCAACUUUGAGAGUGUAUUUGAUAACGCGGGGCGACAGCUCUUCGAAGUCCUCGAGGGCCACACGAAACAGCUCGUGGAAGACCCGGAUGUCAACGUACGCCGUGCAUUCUUGGCCUCUGUGCCCGAGCUGUGCAUGUUUUUCCAGGAUCACUCCAACGACAUUCUGCUGACGCAUCUGAACACGUACCUCAAUGACCGCGACUGGCAGCUAAAGUGCGCGUUCUUUGACACCAUUGUGGGCAUUGCCGUGUUCAUUGGUGGGCCGAGUCUGGAGGAAUUCAUGCUGCCGCUCAUGGUGCAGGCCCUGGCUGACACGGAAGAACACGUCAUGCAGUCGGCUUUACAUUCUCUCGCGCAGCUCGCUAGUCUCGGCUUGCUGUCGAGGGGUACAUUGUGGGAUCUCGCUGACCUGGUCGGGCGCUUCACCAUGCACCCCAACAUAUGGAUCAGGGAGGCGGCGGCCGAGUUUGUGUCCAUGUCCGCUUGCCAUCUCGAUGAGGCUGACAAGAUAUGCAUCUUGUCUCCGCUUGUACAGCCUUACUUCCGGAUACCUGGCAUACCUGAUUUCGACGAGCUCACAAUCCUCGAUACCUUGAAGCGGCCCUUGUCCCGACCAGUCUAUGACCAAGCUUUGGCGUGGGCGACCAAAGCUGAGAAGGGGCUGUUCUGGAAGGCGCUGCAGUCAGCGCGGCCCUCUGGGGCGGGAGCCCUGGGCAACAUGGUUGCAAAGUCGUCCAAGGACUUGACAGAGGGCUCGAUCAGUAAGAUGGCUCGCAAUGAGGAGGACGACCACUGGCUGGGUAGGAUGCGCCAACUCGGCCUGAAGCAGGAGGAUGAGCUCAAACUCAUGGCCCUACGGGAGUACAUCUGGCGCCUCAGCCGCAUGAAGAGUCGCGACGCGAGCACAGGCGAAUCUUCACCGGCUUCAGGGCUUAUUCCACUGCAAAAGUUGGGGGUCACGCCGCAAACAAUCUUCUUUAACGAGGAGCCAUUGCACUUCCCCGACAAAGCGGCCGACUUGACUCCGCCGGGACCAUAUACAAUUGCCGAUGCGUUGCUCGAUGCCUCAAUGACGAUUGACGAUUCUGUCGGGAAGAGAAGACGCGCUGCGCUGAACAUGCAUAAGAAUCGCGUGCACAGCGUAGGUCCACGCGCAAACUCGCAACGUUUUGCGUCGCCCGCUGCCCAUGGUCGGGCGAGCUCGAUGGACACUCGUGCCUUGAGUCAUCAGCGCACCGCAUCGUCCGAGUCCGUCGACGGCCCGUAUUCGGUGAGGAGAGCCAUACGCCAGUCCUCGAGCGCCUUGAACCUGCUCGACAGGAAGGAUGGCAACAAGUCGGUGCCUGAAACCGGGACGACGGACACCACCGCCUUUGGAGAGAUGGAGGGUCCCUUUGUGCAAGAAGAAGAAUCCGCCACGCCGGCCGCCAAUGCCAGCGGUGCCCUGCGGACGGAGAAGAACAAGUCGUCCAAGCAUAGCUAUGAAGGAAACGACCCCAAUGUCCAGAAGAUGCUGGACAACAUGUACAUGGAGGUCUUCCCCCGCGACGUGAAGGACUUUGGGGCUACCGUGACCCCCAUCUCGAGGGACAGAUCUAACACGAUCACGUCUCAAGGCAAGCGGGAGCCAUGGCGCCCCCAGGGGAAGCUCGUGGCUACGUUUGGAGAGCACAAAGGCCCAAUUAUGCGUGUUGUGCCGUCUCCCGACCACGUCUUCUUCAUCACUGGCAGUCACGACGGGACGGUCAAAGUAUGGGACACGGCGCGGCUGGAGCGUAACAUUACACAUCGAUCCCGCCAGACACACACGCAAGGGUUUGAAGGGACGAAGAUCACAGCACUCACAUUUGUCGAAAACACGCACUGCUUUGUGAGCUGUGCUGGUGACGGCAGCGUCAACGUCGUUCGCGUCGACACGGUGACAAAUGCUGGGAUCGUUCGCUACGGCAAGCUCCGGGUGUUGCGUGAGUACCAGCUGCCCGAUGGCGAGUGGGCGGUCUGGGCGGAACACUUUCGACAUGAGCAGGUCUCUGUGCUCCUGAUAGCGACCAACUGUUCACGUAUUCUGGGCAUUGACCUCCGCACCAUGAGCCUCAUGUAUGUGCUGGAGAACCCUGUGCGCCAUGGCACGCCGACCUGUCUUUGCGUCGACAAGAAGCGCAACUGGGUUUGUGUCGGAACAUCGCAUGGCGUCGUCGAUGUCUGGGAUCUCCGAUUUCGCAUACGGCUCAAGGGAUGGGGUGUACCGGGUCAAGGGUGCAUCUACCGCAUGAGUCUGCAUCCCACCAAGGGCAGGGGCAAGUGGGUGUGUAUAGCGGGAGGCACUCUCCAGGGCGAGGUCACAGUGUGGGAUCUCGAACGAGCGACGUGUCGCGAGAUUUACCGGACAGCCAGCGCCAAAGAAGGGCCCAAGUCGUACGAAGCCUGGGACGUGGACGAGGACAAAGGGGGCAUGCUCGGUCGCUUUGGCACAAACCUCGAGAGCAGCGAGGCGGCCAACGCGGACCGAGGGAUGCGUACCAUGCUUGUGGGAUGCGAUCCGCCCGAGGGCAGGGAGAUACGCCAUGCCUUUAUGAUCACAGGGGGCUCGGACAAGCGUCUUCGAUUCUGGGACAUCCCACGGCCUGAUCACUCGACUAUCUACAGCGGUCUGCAAACAGACGAUGCAAAGCCGACAUAUACCACGAGCAACCCGGUGACGGGGCUGACGAUCAACACGGAGCGCUUCCCGAGGCCGACGCAGCCUGCGGCGACCAAGGGCAAGGCAUCCUCUACAUCGGGGGGAAGCGGGAGGCCAGCGCGGCACACGGUGAUAUCGCAGCACCAGCAGCAGCUGCUGCAGUCGCAUCUCGAUGGGAUCAUGGAUGUAGCUCUGCUGGAGCAUCCUUAUACCAUGAGCGUAUCGGUAGAUAGGUCUGGCGUUGUUUUCAUCUUCCAGUAGGUAGACUGGGUUCCCUGCCUGGCGUUUCGGUGUUUGGUCAAAGGGGACCAUGCAAGGUUAGGCAAUCAUACAACGAUGGCCUUUGAUGUAGAGUGAGAUACUAGUUCACUGAAUAAUUGAG